AUGGAUCAGAAUGCAGCUGAACGCCUGAAGAGGCUCCAAAUGGACGACCUCGGCACGGCCAGACGAGAAUUCAUUUCAACCAAAGAUGGCCCACGAGCAGUGCUGAAUGUGGGAUUGGAAACCAUAGAAGCGAGCAGAGAGUCCAACCAACCUGGAACGAAGGCCCAGCUCAUGGCGCAGAAGAACAAGGCCCAACUCGCGGAUUGGUCGAAUAUCCACAAGACAAUAGGUGAUACUGGAGACCUUGAGAAUCUUGACAGUCUUCUUGAUGGCCAGACUCAUCGUCUUGCGCUCGCUGCAUUGUUACAUUCGAGGCCACAUGACUUUGCCCCAAUCAGGGGAGGCAUGAGUCGUGGGCGUGGUGGAGGCGUAGCAGGGACUCGAGGUCGUCAGGGGAAGCCAAGUGUAUCGAAGGUUCUCGGUCAAGGAGGUGUCUCGAAAUCUGGCAAUCAUGCUUCCAAAAUAGAUCAGAAGCAGACUCGUGCUCGAAAGCCGAUCCCUAACCCACUAACCAAAGCUCGAAGACCCAUGGUUGACUAUUCCUCGAAAAUCAGUGCCCCUGAAGACUUUAUGGCUGCUGUUCAGGAUCUAGUCAACGCGAAGACUGCUUGCAUAAACUCCACUGUUGCACGAGAAAUGUCUAACGGUAAUAGUUCGAGACCAAGCCAAUUGCCUCCUGCAAAGGAAAUACCAAGUCAAGUCCCAUCUCGCCCCACGCAACCUGCUCUUGCAGUAGAUCAUGGCCCAAGCCAAAGGCCCCCCACCGUGACUAGAACCCUGGAUCAAAGACCUCCCGAAAAGUCGCUUCCUCCUCAAGCUCAAGCGCCUCGAACUCCUGCUCAAAAGCCUCUGUCUGCGACAUACAACGCGUCGACUCAACCUCUUCUCAGAAAGCCAUCACUUUUGGAAUCCGAGAUGUCGAGAGAUUCAAGCAAAAGGACACUUUCUUCCACGAUCACUACAAACCAGAUCAAUCUUCAGAAACUGGUUCCGGCUUCUGACGCCAUGAAGAACCCAAGACAGACACAGUCGACUGCGACGCUGAAAGCGAACCAGACACCACCCAAGGAUACUGUGCAUCCUGUCACAGUGACAAUGAAAACCGUUCCUGCUGCUUCCAAUCUGAGCAAGGAGCACGCACUGAGGUCCAACAACACUUCAGCGCAAUCACAGGUUGCUGCACAAACACGCCCAACUCUGAAUUCGCAGUUGUCCAAACCCUCAACUGCGCCAUUACUGCGGGAUGAAGGGCCUCUGCCUAAGAAGCCAGCAACCAAAGCUUAUGGCAAGCCUCCAUGUCAACCGGGUAACAAAGCCAAUCGGGUUCCAGAGAAGCAAGGCACUGCAAUGGAACCAAUACUAGUGAACAAGGUGGUCGUCAAAUUACCUCUCAUUGAGUCAACCCUCAAACCAAAUGCAGAUGUCCCAGUCACGCCCAAGAAGACCAAACCACUCGAGAACCUUGUCGCCGAAGGAAGCGAGGAGAAAGCACCUCCGGCGGUGGCUUGUGGGGAGCUUCUUGAUCUUGAUGGUCCUCCGUCACCUGAGCAUGAUUCGGCUGAACAGGAUCCGGCCGCUACAGCUGUAAUGAGUCCCUCCUGUCAAGAUCUGGAGGGGUUAGUAUUUCGGCAGGGCAUUACACGGUAUCCUACUCAAGGAGGCUCGACCUCUAGUGAAGCUUCGUCAACACCGACUGACUUUACGGAAACCACACGAGCUAUUCUUAGUCAAAUUAUGGCCAACGCCGAGUCUAUGACUGAUGAGGACAAGCAGGUGGUUGAGCGCAAGGUCGAAGAGCUUCGCAAAGAGCUGAAAUUCUUCUCUGUAUCAGAAGCAGGGCGCCGAUAUUCCAUUGAAAUGUUCGAGAGAGGAAGAGAAGAGUUCAGCUCCGAGCUCAAAUCCGAACCUGAGUCCGGUUAUCAACACUGUCUUACGUGCCAGGAAAACCAUAAAUCUCAUGCUCAUAUGUUGCCUGAGACGGUGCUCACAGCUAAAGUGACUUUUAAUGCAGCCUUGGGUGUAGAAGAACCCUUGACACCCCUUGCACAUAAGUCACAGACCCACCGUUCUGUUUUCCAGACACGCCUCAAGGGCACUGCGCCGCCAUUUGAGCCAAACAAGCUUAAUCCUCCAGUAAGCAGCACAGCUGAACCAGUGACCACUGAGCAGGAGCGUCAGGAGUCUUGUAUCACUAAGGCUGUCCGUCAUUUGUACGGCAACCAUCUACUUCCCGGGAGGUCUGGAAACCGGCCUGGCAACGCUUCCGUCUUGGAGGAUGUGAAGGUCCCAGCGUUUGAAGGGCGAUUUGGUCAAAUGACUCCCGCAUCUACUCCCGUCAAACCGAACUUGACAUCUCCACUUCUUUCGCAGACGGACGCGAUCUCAGCCUCCCCUGCACUACAGAGAUCUAUACACGCCCCAAGAAUUUCAGAGAACAGGUCACCAGCAUCUCGGACUCCCUCGAGAGGACUGGAUAGCUCCAGGUAUGCGACGCCUGCCCUGGACAAGCCUCUACGCUGAGCUUCACGCAACCAGCACCCACCAUCGCUACACAAGGUCUGUACCGUUAGCCGAUUCACACUCAACUCUUGCCUGCAUGAGCUGGCGUUGAGGCCUAUCCGCAUAAUAUCCCCUAUCUGUUUCUUCUCCCCCGUCCAAAUACGAAGCUUU